AUAUAGCACACAUGGCCGUACCCCCCACUAUGCCUGUGCAUCGUAGGUGGACGUCGGCUAACCCGCGGCCCAGCGGGCCUUAACUCCGGCGCAUAUUUUGCUCCUUUCCCUUUCGUGCAAGGCGCCGCGUCCCCACCGCGAGCAACCACCUGCGGAACUCCUGCUGCUGUAGCUGCAGCGAGCGAUCUUGUGUGCGCUCCACCGUUCAAAGCCGAGUUCGCAUUCCAGCUACCUCACCAGGUCGCCAGACGCCGCUUGUGUCUCUUGUUUUUCUAGUACCUCGCUGCCCUAACCUCAAAGUCCUAGCUCCGCCACGAGGUUUGUUCGCCGUCGCUGUAAGCACAUAAUGUUCAUGAGAACAAGGGGCAAAAUGCAUGGCAAGUGAGGUGAGGAGCAGGCCAUGAACCACAAGCGCCACCAUUCCACCACCAAAACUUCCAACGCUUCAGCUCCAAAGAAGAAAGCAAUUUUCUUGGCAGCUAUUGCAGUAUCCAGGUUCCGCUCCGCGCUGGCCGCCGCAGUUACAAGACACCAGGUGCGGCCUCCAAGAGUCUUCGGCACUCUAUACGGGCGGCGAAGGGGACACCUUCAUCUUUCCUUCCAGCUAGAAGCUCAGAUGCAGCCUGCAGCUCUCCUGGAGCUGCAGACACCAACCAAUGAGUUGGUCAGAGAGAUGGCGACGUCCGGACUCAUGAGGAUCGCCCUGGAAUGCGACCGUGGUGGAGCGGGGAGGCUGAUGGAUGAGCCGAUGUGGAGAGUUUACUGCAACGGGCUGCGGUGCGGGUAUGCUGUCCGGAGGGAGUGCAGGCCGGAGGAUUGGAAGGUGCUGCGUGCGGUGGAGCCGGUAAGCGUGGGAGCCGGCGUGCUGCCGGCAGGCGCCGCGGGGUGUGGAGAGGAGGGGGAUGAGGUGAUGUACAUGAGGGCAAUGUUUGAGAGGGUGGUGGGUUCUGGGGACUCCGAGGCUUUCUAUAUGAUGAGUCCUGAUGGUCAUGCCGGGCCUGAGCUGUGUGUUUAUCUCCUCAGAGUAUGAAAUUGUCUCCUCUAUCAUGUUUCUCAUACAUAUCUCUCAAAUCUUAUUUAUUUACAUAUUUAAUUUUCUUAUUUUAAUGUUCAAACUUGCCAAUUUGCCAACUUGUUUUUGUAUGAAAAACUAAAUUUCAUUUUUGAAAUGUUAACCAUUG